AUGGCCCAAGUCCCCAGCAAUGGCUAUACGUAUUCGGAUCAGUAUAGCAAGGUAUCCAUCAUUUGGUUCAAGUGGUUGGAGCAAUGUCACGAAGAGGACACAGCAAAAACUCAGAACAUUCAACAUGCCUUGAAUGGGGGCGAUUUUCGGGUGCCAAACAGUCAUUACAAACUGGAUAGUUGGGAUCCCGUGAGGAAACACUGUUACGAAUUUCAUUCGUGUUUAUUACACGGUUGUCAGACCUGCUACCCAAAGCGUCGUAACAGUGUACGCCUUCCACGUACCAAGCAGACAGCAAACGAGUUGUUUACUCUGACUCAAAAGAAAAAAACCUUCCUUGAAUCUUUCGGGUAUACCUACGAGUCAAUGUGGUACCACGAGUACGUGGAACUGCAGAAAAACUGUACAGAGUUUAAAGACUUUGUCGCCACCUGUGAUAUACAGGCAGAGCGUUUGAAGCCCCGGGACGCCUUCUUUGGGGGUCGUACUAAUGCAUGCAAAUUGCACUAUACUAUUAAAGAGGGCGAACAUAUCAAAUAUGUUGAUUUUACAAGCCUCUAUCCCUACGUUAACAAAUACGCCCGUUACCCCGUAGGCCAUCCCAAGAUUUUAAACUGCUAA